CGACCUUUUUUGGUUAGCAGCCAAACUCUUAACCACCGCGCCACCAGGGACCCAACCUAAUUAUAAGGCAUCUUAUUCUCUAAUCAUUAUGUUAUCUGUCAAUGAGACCCUAAACUAUUUGUGAGUGUAAGUUAAAUCCUAUAUAUUUAUAAUUGUUCACCAAGUAGCUGCUUAGCAAAUACCUACUGAAUUGAAUUACUAUGACCUUCCAGAUAAAUGUUCAUUUUUUAACAAUGACUCAGAGAAGGUAAUUGCUAUGUUCUCCAGCAGAAUAUUCAUUGAUGUAGAGACAGAACUGGGUUGGACUGACCUUUCACAUGUCUCAUGUUCUCAAAAGGGUCAUCUGUGCUGUUGUCGUUGUCUGGUUUGCCCAACAGACCCUCAUCUUUUGGGAGGGAGUGCGAAGAUGCUUAAAGAGCGCCCAGGGAUGGCGGAAGAGCCUCAGCUGCAAAUGAGUGUUCCUGUGGUGAAGCUGGAGAAAGAGUUGCCAUGGGGCAAGGGAAGGGAGGACACGAGUCCUGAGACUUUCCGUCUGAGAUUUCGGCAGUUCCGCUACCAGGAGGCAGCUGGACCCCAGGAAGCCCUCAGGGAGCUUCAGGAGCUCUGCCACCAGUGGCUGAGGCCCGAGCUGCACACGAAGGAGCAGAUCCUGGAGUUGCUGGUGCUGGAACAGUUCCUGACUAUCCUGCCCCGGGAGUUCUAUGCCUGGAUUCGGGAGCAUUGCCCAGAGAGCAGCAAGGCCUUGGUGGCCAUGAUGGAAGACAUGACAGAGAGAGCACUGGAGGCCAAGGCGGUUCCAUGCCACUUUCAGGGAGAACAGGAUGAGACAGCACUUUGCAGAGGCCCUUGGGAACCAGGUGUCCACCUGGGGCCAGUGGAGGUCAAGCCUGAGUGGGGAUUGCCUCAUGGGGAAGGAGUUCAAGGCCUAGGUCAAAGCACUGAGGAGCAACUCAAUCAGAAUCCUGGAGAUGGGACGCAGGCCUUCCAGGAGCAAGCUCUGCCUGUUCUUCACGCUGGCCCCGGCCUCCCCUCAGUGAACACCAGAGACCAAGAGAUGGCAGCUGGGUUCCUCACAGCUGGAUCCCAGGGGUUGGGCCCAUUUAAAGAUAUGGCUCUGGCCUUCCCUGAAGAGGAGUGGCGGCACGUGACCCCGGCCCAGAUAGACUGCUUUGGUGAAUAUGUAGAACCAGAGGACUGUGGAGUCUCAUCUCCAGGCAUUGGGAGCAAGGAAAAGGAGGCUAAAACUCAGCAGGAAGACCUUAAAGGGCCACUUGCUGGAUUGACGUCAGAGAGGUUUGGGGAAGCUGUUCUCCAGAGCCCUGAACUUGGAAGGACCUGUGACCAGGAGCCCAGUAGCUCUGUGGGACACAUGCCAGGACUUCCUGCUCCCCAGCAUGGUGUCAUACCCAAGCCUGAUGACCUCAAGACUCACAGCUCCUUCUGGAAGCCUUUUCAGUGCCCCGAGUGUGGGAAAGGCUUCAGUCGCAGCUCAAAUCUUGUCAGACACCAGCGAACCCAUGAAGAGGAGAAGUCAUAUGGCUGUGUUGAGUGUGGCAAAGGCUUUACCCUGAGAGAGUACCUUAUGAAGCACCAGAGAACCCACUUAGGAAAGAGACCUUAUGUCUGUAGCGAGUGUUGGAAAACCUUCAGCCAGAGACACCAUCUUGAGGUCCACCAGAGAAGUCACACAGGAGAGAAACCCUUCAAGUGCACUGACUGCUGGAAAAGUUUUAGUCGCAGACAGCAUCUUCAGGUGCAUCGGAGAACUCACACUGGGGAAAAGCCCUACACCUGUGAGUGUGGCAAGAGCUUCAGCAGGAAUGCUAACCUGGCAGUGCACCGGCGAGCCCACACAGGGGAGAAGCCGUAUGGGUGCCAGGUGUGUGGGAAACGUUUCAGUAAAGGGGAGCGGCUAGUCAGACACCAGAGGAUCCACACUGGAGAGAAGCCCUACCACUGUCCUGCCUGUGGGAGAAGCUUCAACCAGAGGUCCAUCCUCAACCGACACCAGAAAACUCAGCAUCGCCAAGAUACCCCAGGGGCAGUAAAGGCACCCUGCUGAAGUGUCUCCUUUCUUUUUCCUUUUGCUAUUGGAAGGCACUGGAGAGGGCAGGACCUCCCAGAACCAUUAAGUGGAGGGAAACCUCAUUGGAGGGAUGUCAUUCAUCUUUCCUCACUGAAGCGCUUGUGGAGGGAGUGAUGGGGUGCAGAAGGGUGGUUUGACCUAUUUUCUUUCCACCCAUUCUCAAACACGGGAAAGGGACACGGCCUGGUUUAUUUCGAGCUUCUGGAGAGCGCAGCUUCUCACAUCUCUUAACCAAGUGCUGCUAACAGUUUUUUGUACCAUAUUUUGAGGAGACCAUUUCCUGAGUUGCAUUUCAGGUUGAAGUUUUUCUCCUUCAAUGGGAUGUGCUUCUCACUCUCCUUAGGAAGUCUGGUGGUAAAGGCAACAUUCUGACACACGUUGGCAGCUUGAACCUCAAUUUUUUUUUUUCUGAGAGCUGUGUCUUGCCUGUAAGAUCACUAGCUCAGACUCUCUCCCUUCCUCCCCUCACUCUCUCUUUCAUUUAACGGAUAUUUAUUGGACACCUGUUAAAUUCCUGGCACUGGGAAUACAGUGGUGAAUGAGACAGAUGAGAGAUGUGUUCUCUUGGAGCUUGUGAUGAGCAGUGGAAAUAAACAUGAAACCGUUAGCACAAAGUAUUCUGAAUUACGCUUUGGUGAGUGCUGUGUGAAGGUAUAGACUUCUCAUGCUCACUCUUUCUGCUCUGACUGCAAGCCCUCUGCUUGUGUGUGGAUCUUUCCCUUAUCAGUUGGGAUCUUUUCUCUAGCAGCCACACUUAUUUUACUUUUAUAGCCCUCUUUGUCUCUGACUGUAACAUUCCACCCUCAUCUGUAAAUUUCCCUAUUCCACUAUUUCUUGUACUGUAAUAACUCUCAACACAUCAGCUAUUAGGAAAUUAAUAUUUUGCUACCGACCACUGGAUAAACACGAGAGUAUUUUCUGAAAUACUCAGUUCUUUAAAAAGAUCUAAUUGAGUCUGAAAGAUGAAUAUUAAUACCCUGUAUUUGAUGACACUACGGUAUAUGAAAUGCUUUUCUUGGUAUCCUCAAUAUAUUACAGAAAUAUAUAUUGAGGCCCUACAGUGGGCCAGGAACUCUUCUAGGUGUUCAUGAUACAUCAGUGAACAAAGUAGAGGGAGAAAAAUCCCUGACCUUGUGACGCUUUUACAUUUUAGUGAAUGUAUUUGAUCUUCAGAACCCCCCAAGUUGAAACUCGUGAACAGUCCCAUAAAUACUCUGGGAUUUGAGCCUGUGUUCUUGGUUCUGUCAGCUUCUUCCUGGAAAUGUGUUUGCCACGUACCUCUUGUUACUGAAUAGUUUCUGUUUGGUGCAUCUAGAUACUUAUCUUUUGAGAUGCUGGAGAGGAUGAGGUGGUAGCAGCCUGUUCGGCGUAAGUGCCAAUUCAGGAAAAAUAAAUGUAUGUAGGCAUUUAAAAAAUACAUUUCUCAAAAA